GAAUUGCUUUGUAUGGAAAGGUCACAAGGUUUCGCGCCAGGUGAUCAAGUAACAAGCAAAGUUAGGAGGAGGUAUCGAUUCGCCAAUGAUCACCAAGAACUUCAAUUACUACAUUAUGCUUCACUUGACGAACGUCAGCGGCAAAUGGUUCAACCAUAUACAAGACAUCCAACACCAGGCAGAUAUCUUAUGCCACCUAUGCAAGCGGGCAUGAAUCCUUAUGCGCGACCAUCAAAUUCUAUCUCACCUAUGGGUAUUCAAUCACCUGGUCCAUCAUCGAUUCAUAAUACACCACCUGCUGCUAUGGCGCGUGGUCCUGCUACAGGUAAUCUCACACCAAUGGGUAAUUCUUAUCAAUUUCAAUCUCGCAUGACAGGAAAUAGUAAUCAACGUGGAAUACCGCCAGGAAUGGUCAUGCAAACUCCAACAAAAUCAGUAGGAAGACGCACGAAAGCUUCUGUCACAUCCGUUACCGCUGUUGCCGAAGAAAUUGAUGAACCAUCAGGAGACGAACUUGACAAUUUGAAAUUUAAAGAAGUUGCAAUGUCAAGGUAUAGAAGGAAUCACGAUUAUAUCUCCGAGGUUUUUUCCGCGUAUAGCGUUAGUUCCAUAAUUCCACCUACUUCAAUUUAUCAAGAGAAGGAUGUUGAUGAAUUAAAACAACAAUUGACUGUACAUCAAUCAGAUAUCGAAAAGUUAAAGAGUGAACAUUCAAAAAAGGUCGAGGAAUUCAAUCGACAUUCUAAUAUUCUAUCAAAAAGUAUGAACGAUCUUAGCAAAUGUAACAGUAUGGAGGAAUUAUUGAAGUUACAAGAACGAACCGAGAAAGAAUUAGAUAUUGUAAUUCAGCCUUAUAAUCCGAUUACAUUAAUACAAAUUCAUAAUGGGCCAGAAUCCGAUGUGGAAGAUGAGGGUCAUACUGACAUGAUGCAAGAUGAUGUAAUAGCUGGAGAGUUGUUAAUAGAAAGAAAUCCUGAACACAGAGGAUUAGUUGAACUUGAUCAAGAACUUUCAUCUUAUGGCGAUUUAGUGAAUACACACAAUACUUCGGGAAUCGAAGAAAUUGAAGGAUUUGAAGGAUUAAAGGAUAUUCAAGGGAUCGAAGGAAUUGGAGGAAUAGGCACUUCCGGAUUACAUGAGAAUGAUUUGCAAAGGUAUUUUAGUCCUGCUAACAUGCCUGGUUUAGCAAAUGAAUCAAAUCUUCAACUCGGUGGCCUUACUGGAGAUACAAAUAUCGGAGAUAAUCCGAAUUAUACCGGUGAUCCGAACAUGACUAUCAACACCAAUUUUGGAGGAGAUUCAACUCAGAUGUUUGAUGAUUUUAUAAAUAAUCCGGAUGAAUCUAUGGACGAUGAAAUUCCAUUGGCAUAA